UCUUGUGGCUGUCAGUUAGCUUGCAGUUCCAUCAUUUUAAAGUUUUAGUGUUAUCCCCUAAACAUUCAGAGACAAGCACCCCUCAAAGGUUGAGGUUUUAGGUAGCAGAAGGCUUUAAAAAGCACCACGCACCUCCACUGGGUGGUCUCAGCUUCAGGGACAGCUGCUCUUUGGUCUUCAAAUGACCUCAGAAACUAGAAAUAACUUAUUUCAGGCUCUGUUCCGUUGGCCACUGUGGUCAGGAGUGGAAAGCACCUGCCAGCUGUUGCCUUGAGGGCUAACAAGAAACAAGUUCUGUGGCUUAAGAGUAGCCACCUCCCCAGCCUUUCCUUUUCGAUGCACAGCAGGUACUGGGCGCCCCCUUGUGUGCGAAGCUUGGUAACAAGAGCAGUGUUGGGCUCUACGACGCUCACGUUUUCCGUUCAGCUUUUACGACCACCCUCCUCUAAGAAUCUAUUCCUAUACUACAAGUGAUAGAACUAGCCGACGAAAGAGCGCGUACGAUCACGACACGUCCCUGUGGGUAACUAGCCCUGCGACCUUGAGCUAGGCGCUGGCCCCGUGUGACUGACCCCUGAAGCCUCUUUCCGUCCCAACGCUCCCUAGCGCAAGAUCACUGGUGCUCAGCCGCGGCUGAACCUGGGCCUUGAAACUUGAAGGUGCGUUUUCAUUACAGCCUUCGUUUGGAGUAAGACGGAAGGCGAGCUUCAAAACCCUGCGCCAGCCGCCGCUUGCGCUCAGCCCCCGGCUCCGGGCGGACGCGAACUACGGCAUCCGAGAAGGAUGGCGCCAUUGUUCCCCUAUGAGCCAAUCACAGCUUGAGGCCCCUCCCCGCUGCCGGAAGGAGCCGUUGUCCGGAGCAACUGCGACGUCCGGCUUUCCGAGUUUGCGGGCGGGAAGGUGUGCGAAAGAAGGCCAUGAGUAAAGGGCGGGCGGAAGCCGCGGCGGGAGCCGCCGGCAUCCUCCUGAAGUACCUGCGGGAGCAGAACCGGCCCUACAGCGCCCAGGACGUGUUCGGGAACCUGCAGCGGGAGCACGGACUGGGAAAGGCGGCGGUGGUGAAGGCGCUGGAGCAGCUGGCGCAGCAAGGCAAGAUCAAGGAGAAGACCUACGGCAAGCAGAAGAUCUACUUUGCGGAUCAGGACCAGUUUGAUACAGUGAGUGAUGCUGACCUACAAGGCCUGGAUGCCCAGGUUGUGGCCCUCACUGCUAAGGUGCAGAGCUUACAGCAGAGCUGCCGCCACAUGGAAGCUGAACUCAAGGAGUUAACUAGUGCCCUGACCACACCCGAGAUGCAAAAGGAGAUCCAGGAGUUUUUUUGUGCUAGCUACACAGAGAGACUGAAGAACAUCAAAGCAGCCACCAAUCAUGUGACUCCAGAAGAGAAAGAGCAGGUAUACAAAGAGCGGCAGAAGUACUGUAAGGAGUGGAGGAAGCGGAAGAGGAUGGCAACAGAGCUGUGUGAUGCGAUCCUUGAAGGAUACCCCAAGAGCAAGAAGCAGUUCUUUGAGGAAGUUGGGAUAGAGACAGACGAAGAUCACAACGUCAGGCUUCCAGACCCCUGAAAGGCCCUCUGCGCGGACUAGGGGAUAGCAACGUGGCAAUGCCCUGUGCUGGCUACCUUGUUUAGGUUGGCUUUUUUGUUGU